AGCGGCGGUUGUCCGUGGAGACCAGGCCGCGACGAUGCUGCUGUGGGCGGCCUGGCUGAGCUCGGCGCUGCGGCUGCUGCUGGCGGCGGCGGCGGCGGCGGAGGAGCCGCCGCGCUACAAGACGGCGGAGAUGGCGGACGCGAUGCUGGGCGGCGCCGCGGCCCCCGCGCUGCUCUCGCUGCUCCCCGCCGACACCUGCGACGCGGAGGCGCCGUGCGAGGCCGGAGAGCGCCCGCCGCUGCCCGAGCCCGAGCCCGAGCCCGUCGUGGUGCUGGAGACCGUGCUGCCGCCGCCCGCCGCCGCCGACGACGCCAAUGGCACGGACGGCGGCCGGGCGCCCAAGGUGGCCUGCGAGGAGCGCAGCGGCCCCGGCCCGCGGGGCUCCGCGCUGCACGUCCUCAACGUCUCCCAGGACCUGAUGGAGUUUUUAAAUCCAAACAGCAGUGACUGUACAAUGGUCCUGUUCUACACUCCUUGGUGUCGUUUCUCCGCCAACCUGGCUCCUCAUUUUAAUUCUUUGCCUCGAGCAUUUCCAACUCUUCGUUUUGUGGCACUGGAUGCAUCUCAGCAUAGCAGUUUAUCAACCCGAUUUGGAACUGUGGCGGUUCCUAAUAUCCUUCUUUUCCAAGGAGCUAAACCUAUGGCCAGAUUUAAUCAUACGGAUCGGACCCUGGAAACAUUGAAGGCAUUUAUUUUUAAUCAAACAGGAAUAGAAGCUAAACCUGAUGUGGUGGUGACUGAGGAAGACCGAGAGGGCCCCCUACCGAGCAUUCUGACAAAAGGAGUAGAUUGGCUACUUUUAUUUUCCUUACUGUUUCUGGCUAGUUUUAUUAUGUAUGCCACCAUUCGGACUGAGAGCAUUCGGUGGUUGAUACCAGGACAAGAACAGGAGCAUCAGGAUUAAGUUCUUGAGUUCUCAGAAUGAAAUGAGGGCACUACUUUGUGCCUGUGGAUAAAGCAAGAAAUCAGUUGAAAUAUAUUGACACUGUGAAUUUGUUCAUUAUAAUUUCAUUGAUUAACAGAACAGAUGUUUUAGCCAAUUACUGGGUGUGCAGAUGUCAGAAACGGGUGGUAAUUAUUGGUGCAAUAAAUAAACAAAUGGAGGUUCAGGAGAAGAGUGUAUUUGUUAAGCUUGUGUAGUUCCUUUCUUGCUACCUACAAGGAAAAAAUGAUAAAUUUAAUAUGUUUAAAGCUGGAUGAAUAAUAUAACAUUUAAGAGUAAUUAUUCCUCCAUUUGAUACUGUCAUAGUACCUUUAGGAAGGACUGUUUGAGAGAGGUAGAGAGAGAGAGAGUGUGUUGGGGUGUGGGUGUGUGUGUGAUGGGGUGUGGGUGGGGAGGACCAGUUGGUGAAGCUUAGCAGCAGUAAACACCUUAAACUUCAUUGUGCAGCCAGGGAGAGCAGGUGGUCAUGUGUUAUAUUUGGCCCUGAAGCUAGGUAUUAUUUACUAUUGUGGGCUUACUAUUGUCUGUAAGGAUCUGCCAUUUUGCUCUAAGGAUUAUAUUAUAUUUACCUGUAUUAAAUGUCCUAACUGCU